UUGGAGAUAUCCUUUGUGCGGCAAGCAAAGUAUUGCUAGGGAACAAAUCAGGCGACGUGGUCAUCAUCCGACGAGAGGCCAGAGUCCCAUAUGCCAUUAUUGCAGCUGCAGAGGUCGCAAUUCCUCUUCGCCUUCGUAUAAGCGAAGCGCCUGUUCGUUUCACAUACCCCGCUCUCGCCACGACCGUGCGCGCGCUCCAGCCUCCAGGGGUAGCAAAGCACGCAAGAAUCGUCGAUAGGGAGGAGGAAGGCGAGGAGGAGCGCCAUGGCGAGCGUGGUCAUCGAGACCCACGACGCUGCGGCAGCCGGCGGCGGGGACGUGGUGUUCUGCGUCGUCAUCCUGUGUAUGUCCGUGCUGUCCCUGGUCAUCCUGGCGGCCUCCUCUGCAGUCGGCUGCGGCGACGGGGCAGGGGAAGGCAGGCGGCGGCAGCGCUGCGGCUCGCGCGGGAACGGGCCGGUGUUCGUGGGCGGCAGGGGCUGCGCCUGCGGCGGCUGCCGCGCUGGCGCCGGUGUCUGCGGCACCUACCUCUCCUGAUCACCGUCGACCGGGCACGCAGCGCGCGCACGCUCCACAUGUGCAUACAAGCAUGUAGCAUAACGUAAGGAGGAGGACGAGGAGCUCGAUCGAUCGGAGCUUUCGCAAGGCUGGCGCAUGGCUACUCCGUUCUUCUUUUUCCUCUGUUUGUACGUACAUAUUACUACUACUGAUAGCUGCACAUCCUGUGAUGUGAAUAAGCUGCGAGAGCAUGGAGUGUUUUAUCUGUUCCUUGAAUAAUCAUCGAUCCAUGUGCGAUAGGUUGCUUCUUCUACUUCA